AUGGCAUCAUCGGGUCUGAAUGAUUAUGUGAACGAAGUCUGCAAAGCUCUCGAUUAUCGGGAGGGUAUAAAGGCGUCAGAGUUGCUUAGUUUCUCGCACUCGCAUAUCGCCAAUGCUCGACUACGAGUCGAAGCUCCAGAAGCAAUUUGCUCAAGAAUUCUCGCUCAACCGUUCGACGAAAUGGUCGCUGCUCAUAUCAAGACUAUUUGGUCCUCUUCAAAGGGAAAUCACGAUGAAGCCUGGCAAUACCAAAACAUCACCGUUCAAGCCUUCAUAAAAGGCUUCCAAGCGAUGAAAGAAGAAAAUUGGGCUUUACCUCUUAUGCAGACGCUUAUUCUCGACCUCAGAAAUUUCGCCCGACGUGGGGACAAACGAGCGAUAGGGGGAAAGCCGGGCGAGCGCCAGGAAAAGGCCGCGGAAACAAUUAUGAGUGCAUUCAGGGCUUGCACCAGCGACACGCGAACGCGAUUAGACGAUUCCAAGCGAUGGGGAAUGCUUUUCGUAGUGAACCAGCUAUUCAAGACUUAUUUCGCUGUCGGAAAACUCCAUCUUUUGAAGCCGUUGAUUCGAGCAAUUGAUGCAUGCGAUAUUCGGGAUGAAUUCUCACUCUCUCAGCGCGUCACCUAUCAAUACUACGUCGGUCGAAAAGCGCUACUGGACUCAAACUUCUCCCUCGCCGACGAAUACCUUUCCUUCGCGUACCGAAACUGCCACCCGAGCUCCUUCAGAAAUCGAAAGCUCAUUCUCGUAAAUCUGAUCGCUGUGAAAAUGUUGAUGGGACAGGUGCCCAAGCAAGAGCUUUUGCUCCAAAACGGAUUGAGAGAGUACCGAGCGGUAGUUCACGCGAUGAAGACUGGAAACAUUGGAUUGAUGGAUGAUGCUCUUGCUAAGCACGAGUAUUUCUUCGUCAGAUCAGGAAUCUACUUGAUUAUUGAAAAACUCAAGCUGGUUGUGAUCAGACAACUGUUCAAGAAGGUGAUGAAAAUGGCUGGACAUCAUCAAAUUCAACUACAGAUCUUUUUGGACGCAAUCAACUUCGCAGGAAUGCCAGAAUGCGACAUGGAAGAGCUAGAAUGUCUUAUGGCCGGUCUUAUCAGCCACAACUUGAUCCGAGGAUACAUUUCGCACCAGUACAAAAAGGUCGUCUUCUCCCGAAAAGAACCCUUCCCUGUCAUCAAGAAAUCGCCGCUGACCUUCCUCUAG